GUAUGACGCUGAAAUAGUGAAGUUAGUGAUCAAUUAAAAAAUGAUAGCAUGGGCUUCUGCUAUGAGGAAUACUGCCGAUGAAGCGAUAUGAGCACGAAUGUGUACAGUACAGGUUGUUGGGAAAUACGCAAACAAUGCACGAGAUGUGGUGUUGGAUAGUUAUUCUACAGUUUCUCCUGGCGGAAGAACUCGCCACAGGUAUUAUGCUCACAGAGGUGCGGGUGCCCAAGCACACCAUCAAGGGCCACUCGGUACGAUUGGAGUGUCAUUAUGACAUGGAAGGAGAAGCGCUCUACUCGGUGAAGUGGUACAAGGAUGGGCGCGAAUUUUAUCGAUAUGUGCCAAGAGACGAUCCGCCCGGGACAGUAUUUCCUCAACCGGGCAUCAUUGUGGAUCUGCAGAACUCGACUCGUGAGCAGGUGGUUCUGGAUCCGAUUGAUCUGUCCUCCAGCGGGAAAUAUCGAUGCGAGGUGUCAGCAGAGGCGCCUUCCUUCCAGACGGUGUCGGAUCACGGGGAAAUGCUGGUAGUCGUGCUGCCGGAGGAGGAUCCGUAUAUUACGGGCGGGAAGCCACGCUACCAGAUCGGCGAUAUCGUGCGCGUAAACUGCACAUCUGGCCGAUCGAAACCGGCGGUCCAUCUGACGUGGUACAUCAAUAGCGAGGCGGCGGAUGGGUCGCUGGUGAAACGGUUCGAGCCCAUCGUGUCCGGGCCGGAUAAGUUGGAAACUUCCAUACUGGGGCUGGAAUUCCGUGUGAAACCAAAACAUUUCAAGCGAGGUGAUAUGAAGCUCAAGUGCCUCGCCACCAUUUCAACUGUAUACUGGAAAAGCAACGAGGAGAGCGUCGAGGGCGAAAAGAUACAGAAAGCUCCCAUGCUGGAGUCGCGGCGAGCCGUGUCGAGCGACACGCGAGCGGACCGGGUUCAAGCGGCAAGCGGUGAUGCAUUGGCGAAUAAAUAUUCAUCGGGCUUGAAUUUUACAUUGCGCUGGCUGCUCACAAUAUUGGCCGCGAUCCGGUUGUGCUGUCCGCUGUUGGCCUAAAUGCAACGUAAUAGGAGCACGAGUCGGCGAGCACAAUCCCAACAAUUCGCUCUCUUCAACUAUAACAAUUUUAUUAUCAUUCACUGUAAUACAUUCCGUCCCGGGACACGGGUCGAUCGUUUUCGACCCCAACGCCAA